ACUCGAAGACAUCCAACUCUCGGGGCCGGGAAGCCAAUCCGCCGUGGCGAUUUGGGCAUUCCCCCCGGGAAAUUCGGCCAAUCGGCCCCACCCGCGCCGCGGCCGGAGACGCCGAUGUCAGCUGCGGCCCAACUCCACUCCCCUCGAUGGUAA